UACUACGACAUUAGGUUUAGUCUUGUGUAGUUUGUUACAAGUCUAAGAUCUUGGUCCGGUACGACCGCCAAUAGAAAGUGAAAUGUAAAUAUUUUUACUUUUUUUUGUUCUAACAUAACAAUCUGAUAAGACUGAACAGAAAUACGAUUUUUAACCAAAAAAUAAAAUAUAUAUAUAUAGCAGUGUAACUCUGUGGAUAUAUCAGACAACUCGUUACAAUGUGGAUAAUACAUAUACUACUGCUAGUUUUACCUCUUCUGGUAUACUCUGAACCAGAAAAUAAUGUUCAAAUGACCAGAACUUCUAUCAAAGUGGCUAGAAACCUCGACCCAAGUGCUAUGGAAACUUUGGAAGUUAAGACCCGAACCGGUGAUAUUGCGACUAUUGUAGUGAAAAAACGUGACGGCAGACAACACUUCUCCAGACCCAUGGCGAAAUCAGAUUUUAAUGUGACAGCGUCUAGUGGUGAGGCAACGUUUAGGGUACCAGAUCCAGUGAUCAUACGGUCAGAAUCUGUUUUUGUAAAAAAUCAAAAAGACCAAGAAGAAAAAAAAUCUAGAAGUUUAUUUCACGUCGACUCUGACGGUAUACCAGUUAUUACCGGUGUUCGAGAGCCAGACGAUGAAAACGACUCCCAGGUUUGGAGAAACGCGAGAGUUAUCAAUGGUAUUUUAGUACCAAAUACCAACAAAACUGACCAUCAUGUGAUGAAAGAAGAAUACAAACCUGUUGCUCCCAUGUUCAACGGAGUUUGGCAGGUCGCUAAAAAAAAACCGGAAUCGGAUAAAGAACAACCUAACUCGAACAAUGACCAGACAUAUUUUUCUCCUCAGGAUGCGGUUCAAAACGAAAAGUAUAUGACAGAUAAGAUUUUGGGUUUUAUAAAAAACAUCAAUGGAAAUAUUUUAAGCGACGAUCAACGACGAUCCGCAAGGAUGGUAGAACCUCAAAUUGAAGCUCGCGUUCUACACGCUCCAAGUGUUAGUGUAUUUCCGAAUUCCGCUAUGUACUCGCCGCCUAAAAAAGUUUCAAGAGUGUCGUUUGAAGAAAGUGCAAGAACACCCGUGUUGCAGUACGCCCAUCCAGAACUAGGAGUACAAGCUGCCAAAUAUGAGCCGUCCGUAGAAGAAACACCGAGGGACGGGAGAAGGCAACAAGCUUUAGCGUACUUUUCUCACGAUAUUCAUGCAGAUCGGAGUCCUUUUGCAUUCGAACCUGGCUUAGAAAAAGAAUCGAGGGUCAAAGUUCCUAAAAAAUAUACACCGCAUUAUAACUUCCCUGAUAAACACGGAAAAUAUGGUUCAAAUUACUAUAUGAACGACGAUGGAUCUUUUUGGAAUUUGAUGAAAGAUAAAAUGAAAUCCAGUUUUAAUACAGUCACUGAUCUAACGAGACCAGUUGUGGAUCCACUCGUGGAAGCAACACACAAAAUUACUGGAAAUUUGGGUUUUGGUAAUGGAAAUCGAGAACUUACCAAUGUUGUUAAAGAAAAACUAGGUAUGGUCGCAUCGCCAUCUGUAUUACUACCAGCGUUAGGCCUAGUAGCUGGAGGAGCCGCUUUGGGACUAGGAGCAGUAGCUGUUGGAAGGUACUUGGAUUACGAUGUCGUUAGAAUGAGAAACAACGAUGACUAUAUUGAACUGCAACGAGCAUUGAAUAAUGGAAAAUUCCAACCAUUUGUAGUCGAACCUGAAACUUCAGAAAACAAAAAUACCGAAACAGCAAAGAGAACUCGAAGAUCAUUACCAAUCGCAACACCAAAAAUCCAUAUGAAUCGUAAAUUAAGAAAAGUUAAAUUAAAUCGUAAAAAACUUUUAAAAUCCUAAUAGUACCUAAAUGUAAUAAAACACCUAUUUGCUUAUAAGUUAUAACAAUUUAACUAAAGGUAAUAAUUACACUUAAUCUGUUCUAUGGUCAUAAAUAAUGAUUAAGAAUAUGUUAAAUUAAUUUAAGUAACUUAUUUAUUAGUUUGAUAGUAGUAUGAUGUAAUAAAAAUAUGUAAUG